CAUGAAUCAUUUACUAUACUACGAGUAUACUUACUACAAUAAUGAAUAGUAAAAAUAUGAUGUAGAUACAACCAAACGUGUUCCUAGCCUCCACAAAUGACCUACUCAAUAUUAUUACUGAACUAUGCACUCUAUAAGGCAGCAUAGCCUUAACUAUACUGACUUUAUUGUUUGCCAUUGUUUUUUAGUACGACAGGUGCGCAAGCGCAGACCCAUGCGCCAGUCACUAUCCAACUAGCGCGGGAGUCGGUCGUGCGUCGCUCUGGCUAACAAAUCACGUGAACGUAUUUUUGAAAAUAGAAUUUUUCGUGUGUUGUGCUUGUGUUUUGUACUUAUUAAACUUGUUGUAAGUAAUUGUGUUUGUGAGACGGUGUUUUGUGUGUGUUUCUCGGAUAUUUCGUUUUGUUUCUAUUUGGAUGUUUUUUCGGUAUAUGCAAAUGCUAGCCUGAGUUUUGACAGGAUCACUGGACUGCUCAUGACGUAAGCGUUCGAACGUUCCAAGUGACGACAGAUAACUCUUGACAGAGCCAUUGAAAAUGUCUUCGUGACUACACCGUGUAUCCAGAUUUUGACGAGAAACACCUACGCAUGAGGUGAUAGAAUGGAGGGAUCUUCGUCAGACUACAGUGACGAGGAGGUCGGAGUGCUGGCCAGAGGUCAAAAGCUGUGGGUCAGAGGUGUGAGGUCUCAUACUACCUGCGCAGAUAUCGUGCGAGCUUUGCAAGAUGCACCUGAAGCUGGUGGUAGCGUCAGUGACCACGGCGAGUGGGUGCUGGCGGAGCGAUGGCGAGGAGUUGAGAGGCCAUUACCGCCUGAUGUUCCAGUGUUGCACGUCCUGGCAGCCUGGGGAGAUGCUAGGCAUGAGGUUCGUCUGGCACUUCGACGAGUAUCAAGUGGUGGUGAAGACGAUUCUGGGAGGGACAGCGAUGGUGGCAGCAGAGGAGGGGCUCGACGACGCCGGCGACGAGACACGAGAGCCGCCACACCGCCGCCCCGGGCCAGGAGCGAGGACCCCGCAGCCAGACUGGUGUCUGUCAUACAGCACCAGAGCAGAACCAUUCAUCAACAACUUGAUAAGCUCAGAGAACAAGAAAAGCUGAUCGAUCAACUAGAAGACCAAACCCACAAAACGCGAAUGGAGAAACACGGCACGAACUACCUUCUCGAAUCAUACCUCCGAGACCUUGGGAGAUGUAGUGAGGUCAACGACAGCCAGGCAGGAAACAGCGACAGCGGAGUAGGCGUCGGCAGCGGAACCCCACCAAGACGACACACAAAACACAAGUCAAGACGAGAGAGACACCUCAUGCGAGAACACUACUUCACGAAAGAACUCACAGACAUCUGCCAAGUAAACUCCGAAAGACUCAUGCAAACACAAACCGACACAGACUCCGAAGCAUCAACAGACGAACUCUCAAGGAUACGAGAGGAAAUAGAGCUACUAGAAAAAUUCGCCAUCAUCAAUAAGAGGUUGCACCGCGAAGAAGAAUUAGUCGUCAGGCUAACAGCAAAAGUCAAAAGGUAUAUGGACGAAAACAAAGCGAAUAGCUGCGAAAAUGUUUCUCAAGUAAGAAUGCUUCUUGACAAAAUCGAACAGGACUUGGUGAACACCGCGAAAGAAAUGCAAGAUAAUGCAGUAGAGUUAGAGAAGGCAGAUAGAGAAAUAGAAAGCAGAAUGAAAUUGCUUGACGAACUCACGCUUGAAUUGGAAGAGGAAGAAUUACAGAAUGCUGUUUUAGAAAGACAGUUGAACGAAGCGGCAAGUCGACAACCGAUCCUGUUGCAAGACAGUUAUGUACCUGUUUUAGACCAAACAAAUUUGAAUCAGGCGAUUAAUUGUGGAGGCCCUGCAUAUGUUCUCGACACAUUGGUAUGACAUACGAUUAAAAUUGGAAUUAUUGUCCCAAAGAUGUUUUAUUGAAAUUACCAUAUUGUAAGUAGUUUAAGAGUAACUGGAGACCUGUACAACGAAUGAAUUAAUACAUGAUCUGGCCGUAAACGAUUGGUAAAUUAAAGUGGCUUCCAACUUUUGAAUUUUUUUAAUGUUGUUACAAAAAUACAAAUUAACUCAGUUUUUAAAAGGCUGAUCAACUGAAUAACAUUUGAGGGGUUUCGUACCUACCCAAAGGGCAAAAACUGCAUUAUUCCUAAGAUUCAGCUGUCUGUCGAUCAAGACUAUAUCCCAUGACCCUAAGUAGCUAGACCUUUUAUAUUGUCACAAGGUAUAUAUAACCAGGAUUUUAAAUUAAUUAACAACUUAUCACAGUUUGACAGAAAGAAUCUUAUGUGUUGAUCAACCUUUUAAAAACGGGUCUUA